CUCAUUUAAGAUGGGUAAUAAGCAAACAAUAUUUACUGAUGAACAGCUAGAUGCCUACCAGGAUUGCACAUUCUUCACUCGGAAGGAAAUUCUUCGGUUGCACGGCCGAUACCAUGAAAUGGCACCAAACGUUGUGCCCAUGGACUAUACAAAGGACCCAGAUGUUAAACUACCUAUGCAGCUUAUAAUAAACAUGCCUGAGCUAAAGGAGAAUCCCUUCAAAGAAAGGAUUGUGUCGUCCUUCUCAGAAGAUGGAGAGGGGAGCCUGAGCUUCAAUGACUUUGUGGACAUGUUCUCCGUGCUCAGUGAAAUGGCUCCCCGGGAGCUCAAAGCAAUCUAUGCCUUUAAGAUCUAUGAUUUUAACACAGAUAACUUCAUUUGUAAAGCAGACUUGGAAAAAACCCUCAAUAAGCUGACCCGGGAAGAGCUGACAGAAGAGGAAAUCACUCUGGUUUGUGAGAAAGUCAUAGAAGAGGCUGACAUGGAUGGUGAUGGGAAAUUAGGAUUUGCAGAUUUUGAAAACAUGAUUUCCAAGGCACCGGACUUCCUCAGUACUUUCCACAUAAGAAUCUGAAGAUGUUUCUGCCAGUCCAGCCUUUCUGAAUCUCAGGCACUCCAGGGGCUUUUGUCCUCUAAUGAGGGCUUCUUAGAACUCAGCAGAAAGUACUGAAAUAAUUCUGGUCCACAAAGAGACAGAAGCAUCAUGUGAUCUACAGGAUAUUUGGAACAGACACAUUUUUAUCUUCACUGCUGGCCAAGCACUCAGGCAAAGAUGGUUGGUUGUUGGAUUGUGGUUUUUCGUUUCUUUCCCCCCUUUUUUAAACAGUCAGAAUCAGAAUA